GACGCGACGAAUUGAAUAAAUGCCUAACUAACCUGCUUGUCUAUAUCUACGUGGUGGUGAACGGAUGAAUGGGGGCAUUUUAGAAAAGGGGGAAAGCAGAUGGGAUUGGCUUGCUUGGGACCCCGUAAUACUUCGCUCGCUCGCUCACUUGCUCGUCGCACUCGCCUGAGUCUCGCCAGCUCCCUUUACUUCGUCCGUCCUCUAUUCCUUCGUUUCCCUUCACGUAGGCGCCUCUCUAGUCUUCUCUCUCCUUCUACUCUGCCGCUCCGCGUUCUUUCUUUCUUUACCUGCGCAACCUCGCCCCGCUGCUAUUGCCCCGUUCCCCGCCCCCCGCGGGCGUCGCAACGUCAACCGGCCCCCCCGGAUCCAAGGCCUACCGCUCUCUCCGGGCCCGGGGCGCAAGCAACGAACUCCGAGGAGGGCUACCUACCUACCUACCUACCUACCUACCUACCCACCCAGGACAGAUCUCCCGGUGGCAUUCGCGCACGUAGUGGGUGCUACGCACGCAUUGCUAGAAACAUCCAGCCUCGACCAGCGGUGCCGGAGGGGCUAGGCAGGUAGGCUAUAUCUCCUCCACUAUUCGUCCCGGUACGCAGGCCCGUCCGUAGAAAGACUAGACAGGGAGGGGGCGGGGAGGGGAGGCAGUGUAGAGCGCGCUGCGGAAAGGGGGUAUCUCGCGGCGAACAGACUUCUGGGAAGGCGGGAUGGCAGGGAGAAAGAAAGGAAAGGCGCAGCACGCCGACAACCAAGGUCCCUUGGACCAAGCCAGCCAAACAAAAUCGACUGUCGUCGGUUUCUUUCCCGAAAAAGAGGGGAAAAAAAGGCACCACCGCCAACCCGCUACAGCGGCAGCUGAGGAAAGGCGCGCGGGUGGUACCUGGGGGCGGACCUGGCGUCGACGACGGCGGCGCCGUGGGCCCUACGGGCCCAGGCGGCGAGGUCGGCCUUGAGGGGGCGGCAGCGGUAGUGGACGGAGGCGACGGCGCGGCGGGCGAUGAGGCGGGCGACGAGGGAGUCGGAGACGGGCUCGUCGCCGAAGUCGAGGUGGCGGGCGGCGGGGAAGCGGUCGAGCAGGGCGAGCACGGCGUCGUCGAAGCGCGGCGCGGCGUGGCAGCCGUUGCGCGCGAACCCCGUCAGCGACAGGUGCGUCACGCUCG